AUGGCUCCCUACGAAAUAUUGCAACGCGUUGGCAAGGUUGCAUAUGAGUUGAAAGUCCCUAGUGAACUAUCUUCGAUUCAUCAGGUUUUUCAUUUUUCCAUGCUUAACAUGUGUGUUGGUUACACCAAGACCAUUCAACCUAUUGAGGAUCUUGGUAUUGAUGAGAACCUAACCUAUAAAGUAGUUCCAUUUGAAAUCUCUGAUUGUCAAUUGAAGAGGUUGAGGAACAAAGAUUUGGCCUUCCGUGAAUGUGUUAUGGAGAAACCACAGUUGAGGGAGCAGCAUGGGAGGCCUAGGCUGACAUGA